AUGCAACAGCAACCGGCAGAGCGUUUGGUGAAAAUGGCACAAGUGUCUUGGCUUGAAUUUGACGACAUUAACAAGUUUCUUGAAAUUAACAACUGUUUAUUACAAAAAUGCAUGCAAAUCCAAACCCAGCCGUCUGAUCCGACAUCAACGGCUCGUUUUAUGAGAUAUGCACAGCGAUUAAAAGAAAACUUGGCUUUUCUAGCUUCUUCUGCCGCUCCAGAACGUCAAAUGCAAGCUCAAGUUCCCCCGUUACAGCCUCUUGAAGGUAUGGAGCAGCUGGAACCGCUCUACGAAAGUCUACAAAAUUCAUUUGCGAAAGCAAAUUACGUCCAUAACCAAUCUGCCGCCAAACACCAGGCCCUAAAAACACCACCGUCAUCUAUGCAGCCUUCGCCCAGCGUUCAUCGUGAAGUUGGAGGCUCAAACCCUACUUCCUCUUCUUCUAAUGCUGGACCGGUUGGCGGAAUGAAUCCAGCUGCUAUGAACAAUAAUACUGGUUUCAUGAGACCUCCUCCUUCCUAUGCAUCCAAUCAUUUCCCGAAUGCCGCGUCUCACGAAGCACAGAAUGUUGCAACUGACGCAGGUGCUGCUGCGUCAUCUAGAAAUUUGCAACAGCAACAGCAACAACGUAUGUCUAUGAACAUGGGUCCUCCACAGGUGCCUUCGCAGACAACAUCACAAGCUCUUCAGCAGCAGCAACAACAACAGCAGAUGUACAAUAACGGCACUGAGAACGUUUCGUCCCUCUCGCCUUCACAAAUGCAAUCACUGAUGCAGCAUUACCAGCAUCAACAUCAACAGCAACAACAACAACAGCAGCAGCAGCAGCAGCAGCAGCAGGCUCCUCAGCAUCAGGGCUGGAUGUAA